AUGUCGCUCUCUAUCGAUGGAAAGCUUCGCAAUAGGGUUUUUGAUAGCUGGCGACUCGGUCACGAUCCAGGCCCCUUGCGCGCGGCCGCGCCGCUGCCGGCGCCUGUCCGGUUGGCGGCGAGCGACGCGGUCGACUACUUGCACACCCGCGCUGCAGCGCUGCGCAACCACCUGGUGCAGAGCGCCGGCCGUUUCUAUGUUCUGACGGGCGCGGCGGGCGGCGCGCUGGAGGUGUUUGAGGUCGCGCCGGGCGAAGGAGGGGGCGUGCCGCUUGCGGUGGUACCCUUGGCAGAGCUCCCAGCCCUGGAAGCGGCCGACCCCACCACCCAGCCGGCCGAGCCGCCGCUGGACGCAUCGCUGGCCGCCGCGCCCUUGGCGCCGCUGGCCGGCGCGGAGGGCGGCGCGGGGCGCCUGCUGCUGGUGUCGGAGGGACGCGGGGACCUGAGAGCUGUCGAGUUGCGAGAGGGCGGCGCGGUGCUGCGGUCCGCGCCGCUAUUCCCACUGCGGCCGCGGGCGCCGCUGGCGGGCGUGCGGCCGUUCGUCCUACUCGAGGCGUUCCCUGCUGCAGGCGCAGGCGAGCCGCGGCGCUGGCACGGGGGGUUGAGCUGGGUCGGCAGGCCGUGGAUGGGGCGGCGAUGGCCUGCAGCUCUGCCGUUUGGCGGGCCGCCGCCGCCCGGGCUUUGGGCCCCUGGAUGGGAGGCGCCUUGGGGCUUGGUCCACUGCAUUGUGUGGGCGGUCAAGGAGGCGCCGCCCGGCGGCCUCAGCAGCGGCGCCCGCCGCCACUGCGAGGUCUGGGCGCUGCUGCUGCGGGUCGAGUCGCACGCGGGCGACGCUUGCGAAGGCGGCGCCGCGCCGCCGCCGCUGUCGCUGUCGCUCGAGUCGGCGCAGCGCCUGCAGGCGACCGCGGACGUGCCGCACGCGUGCGCCGCGGCGCCGCGGGCCGGCGCGCUGCUGCUCGCGGCCGCGCCGCCGCCGGACGGCGAGGAAGACGCGGGCGCCCACACGCACGCGGGCCUGGGCGCGGCGAGCGGCGGGAGCGGCGCCGACGGGGCCGCAGCGCCUGCGAAGCAAUCGCCCAGCGCAGGGGAACCGGGAACAGGGGGCGCCGGCGCCGGGGGACGUGGCGAGGGCGUUGAUGCUGUCGGGGAGGGCGAGGGGGGGGACGAGGAGGAUGAUGGGGACGACGUCGACCCCCGGACGCUGGCGCAGGCGGUGGCGCGGCUGGCGCAGUUUACGAGCGAGGAGCACCUUGGUGGGGCUUAG